ACAGUGCUGCAAGCCUGCAGGCAUAUAAGGAGGCGGACACGCACACUCGGUAGUGUCCUCCUUGAGAGCAACAGCACCACCACCACCAGAAGCAGACAGUAAAGAUGAGACUUUACCUGGCAAUAGGCGUGCUGCUGCUAGCACUGCUUGCAUACACUGAGGCUCAGGAUGAUACGAUCCAGCAGAGGUUCGCUAAUGUCGGUGAUCAGCUAUCCGAGUUUGGCCAAAGCAUCGCCGAGAAGACCAAGGCAGCCAUGAAGACAAUUCAAGACAGCGAUUUUGCCAUCGCUACUCGGAACUUUUUUCAAAAUGGCUUCGAGAAGCUGAAGAAAAGUGUGGAGGACAUCAGGAACCCCUGAAGUAUGCAACUUCCUCACAACGUGUUCAAAUGGUUACAUGACUUUUAUUGUGUUACAAGUGUGAGUUCACAGGAGAAAAGGGGAAAAAAAGCAUUGGACACAUUUACCAAAAAGGAAACUCAGUGUUAGCGUGCCGGGUACAAAUCAAUUUAACGAUCGUGUAUACACA